CCCCCCCCCCCCAAGAGGGUCAGAGUAGCACAUUCCCAAUCGUUUGCGCCUCAGCAAGCUCUUGGAAUUCCUCAGCUCUAAAGAGUGAAAGGAGGCACCGAUUUAUAAGAGACGGGGACCAGUCGAAAGUUUUUCAGUUCAUUCUCUCAUGUAACAAACGCCUGGUAAACCAGCUAUUCAACAGAUAAUUAGUUGGGCUUCAGCUCUGGUUUGUUUCUCUACAUGUUUCACACAUGCAGGUUUGUAUUCAAGCUUGAUCCGAAGACAUUGUGGGUUGUAGUUUAACCACAAUCUUAAAAAAUAUCCUCUGUUUCAUCUUGCUUAGUUGGUGUGAUAGUGGACGUUUUAUGGUGGGACCUCUGGUAGUGUGAGGGGGGAUGUUUGCGUUUGUAGAUCAACAGGCAGUGUGACCAAUUGAUUCAUCUAGAAAUCUAUUAAACAAAGCCAAAUAAAGUGAUACGCUUGAUACGCUUCAAUAUAUGUACAGCGUGAAGACAUGCCACAGGUGCAGGAUGUGCAGUUUAGACCGUCAUAGCACUACAUUUUCAAAGAGUUUUCUGCAAAGUAUAAACAUUUUUGGAGUGAAUACUAAAUAGAGAGAUGAAUAUCAACUUCAUGCUAGCAAAUCUUAUUUCAAAACAUUGAUUUUUUUAUAUUAAUGGAAAUUCCAAAGAAAUGAAAGUGUGCCGGGUUUAAAGAAAGAAGAACGUCUUUCAAGGGUGCCGUCAAUCUUUUAUUCUUUACACUUGACGUGGUUGACUUUAUUAGUUUGCUUAAGUGCAAAUUGAAGGUAAAUAAACUGUAGUCUAAAGAGCUGAUCAUACGUCUGCCUUCCAGUGAAGUGGUGCUGAACACCAAGUUGUCAUUGGCCUGUGGAAAAGUCUCUGAUUGUACACACGAUACAGAGGUCAGAUACACACAAACACAGGCCUGAAGGGCUGUAAUUUCUCUUCCCAGAACUUCCCACACUAAAAUGUUGUUUCUAUUUCUUCUGUCCAUCUCUCCACCCGAUGUGCUUCAACAUGUAGUUUAGCUGUGGCUUUUCCUAAAUAGAAAAUAACACAUUGUUGGUGGCCGAGAGCUUGUUUGAGUUGUAUCUGACAACUAAACAACCUUUAGUUAAUCCCAUUUAAAUACACAUUUAAGACUUUAUUUUCCAUGUAUGGAAGUUUUAUUUCAGAUGGUGGUGAGGCAGCCGUGGUUCCUCAAGUGGUACAAUUAUUUUAGUCCAAGAAGUGAGAUCCAGUCUAAAGAGUGUUCACUCACCCCACCUACUGUAUAAACACCUCAUACAUUAUAAUCAUUGGAGGUCUGCACUAUUCUUUACAAGUCCAAGUGCAAUACAUUUGGUAUCUUUUGGGGUCUUGUCUGCAGCAGAUUGUAAAGAUGGACCCUCGUCAGAGUUUACUAGGUUAAAGGCUUAUUAUAUAUGAUAAGUGUGUCACAGACGCUAUAAAUCUACACCGUGUCCACUUUGGACACACUGUUUUACAGUAUAUGAUCACCGUAUGUGAAGUCUUCCAGCUAGCUAUGAUGGAUGUGUUGACUUGCUGUCGGGAUUUAGGGCUGUAAGUCACUUGCCGUGCACAUAGCUGAUAGUAAAUACUAGGAGAGCAAAUACAGACGGGAGACACCAGAGAUAAGAGCGGUUGAGCUUGUCUGUCCUUCUCUGUAGUCGUCGCAGUUAUUAUGUCUGUGGCAGCAGGAGGUGAUUGGUAGCAUCUUCAGCCACUCCAUAUGGCUCUGUAAUUCGCAGUGCAACAAAAUCGGAUGUUUGCAUGUUAGAAUUAAUUAACAUUGCACCUUGUGUCUCUAAUUAAAUGCAUAUUAUUGUAUUUUAGCCACCGAUCAGUUGACACCCGACUCGACUCGCUGCCGGUGAGUGUGAGUAUUUUUAUUUGCAGAUGACAAUAGACGCUCCAGACUGCCUCAGGUGGUGUGUCUACCCACAGUUUACAUGUUUUAUAUGUGUGUAAUUAUUUUUCCAAAAGCUUACCGUGGCUGAAGUGUGCUGAAAGACGAAUGUGGUCUAAUUGGCCCCUCCCUCCCUGAUUUAAACACUCAGUGCAUCAGGAAGCCACAAUAGCCAGCCUCCUCCUCCUCCAUGCCCCUUAAUUACAAUGACCAGUUUGAUGGAUUAAGUCGACUUUAUGCAAAGACAAGGUUUUGGGGGCUGGAAUCACUGCUUAAUGUACCCACCUGAACCAUUUCUAUUGCCACUUUUCGGCGGUACUUGCGCUGCAUCUCCCUCAUAGCAAAUGUUGCUUUAAAUGAAUUGAUUGAGGCUUCUUUUACUCGUUGCUCUGGACGCGGGCCAAGAUGCAGGCUGUCUAGCACAUUAGGCACCACCCCCCUUUGCAGGUUUGAAAUGUGAGCCGCCUGCAUUUUUUUUUUCUCCUCUCCGUUCCUCCCUCCCUCCCUCCUCCCCUCCUCUCCCUCCCCUCCCCUGCCCUCCCUCUCUCCCUUCUGGCGAAGUGGCUGUGGCUGCUUCUGUGUGAUGUGUGUAUUGGGAGAGCAAGCAAUGGAUCACUAGACAGAAAAAGAAGAUACAUCAAUAACUGCUGCAUACAUCCGAGAAACCAACUGCUGCAGGAGGUGUCAGUCUGACUCAGCUCUUCUGUCGUCGUGGUGUGAGGAGCUGGGACGCCUCCUCCUCCUCCGUCACCAGAAGAACAGGCAAAACGAGCCUCCGGGAAAAGUGCCCAUGCAACCCCCCAUGAGCUCCAUGAAGCCCGGCCUCUCACACGGCAGAGAUGGGUCUUUUCCCUACGACUCAGUCCCCUGGCAACAGAACACCAAUCAGCCUCCAGGUUCGUUGUCGGUGGUUACUACCGUCUGGGGCGUGACCAACACGUCGCAGAGCCAGGUGUUGGGGAAUCCCAUGGUGAACAACAACAAUCCCAUGAACCCUGGGGGCAACCCUAUGGGCUCGGGUAUGUCUGGUAACAAUCCGGGGAUGAACUCUCCUCAGUUCCCUGGUUCGCAGCAGCAGUUCCCCAGCAAGGGCAACUCCAACCAGGGCUACAUGCAGCAGGGCAUGUAUGGACGACCCAACUACCCCGGAGGAGGAGGCUUUGGUGGCAAUUACCCUGGAGGGCCUAACACUGGACCUGGAGGAAUGGGCAUCCCUCCACACUCCCGUCCUCAGUCAGACUACACCCAGCCCGCAGCCGCUGCUGCUGCCGCCGCAGUUGCUGCGGCUGCCGCCACAGCGACCGCCACUGCCACAGCCACUGUAGCUGCCAUGCAGGAAACCCAGAACAAAGACAUGAACCAAUAUGGACCGAUGAGUUCCUCUUUCCAGAUGGGACCAAACCAGGCGUACAACAGCCAGUUCAUGAACCAGCCAGGACCCCGCGGCCCUCCGUCCAUCCCUGGGAACAUGGGCAGUGGCAUGAAUGCAUCCAACAUGAGUGGACCCCCCAUGGGAAUGAACCAGCCCAGGGGCCAAGGCAUGGGGCCUUUUGCGGCCCACGGACAAAGGAUGCCCCAGCAAGGCUAUGCAGGACCCCGGCCUCAGGGCAUGGGUAUGCAGGGCAUGAAAAGGCCGUACCCAGGGGAGCCAAACUAUGGUGGGCAGCAGUAUGGACCAAACAGCCAGUUCCCGAACCAGCAGGGACCGUACCCCACACCCAACCCCUCUAGGCCGCUGCCGUCCCCAAACUACCCCAGCCAGAGGAUGCCAGGACAGCAGCUGCCGGGCCAAUACCCGCCACCCAGCGGUGCCAUGGGCCAGUACUAUAAGCAAGAGCCGCCUUUUAAUGGCCAAACAAAUAACUUCUCCGGGAGUGGAUAUCAGUACGGCCAGGGUAAUAUGAAUGGGCCGCCCAGACCGGUGGGUAACUACCCUCACUCCCCAGUGCCAGGCAACCCCACCCCUCCAAUGACCCCAGGUAGUAACAUUCCCCCAUACCUAUCGCCAAACCAGGACGUGAAGCCACCCUUCCCUCCUGACAUCAAACCAAAUAUCACCGCUCUCCCUCCCCCUCCAGCCAACCACAAUGAGGAGCUGCGCCUAACGUUCCCAGUGCGAGACGGGGUGGUCCUAGAGCCCUUCAGACUAGAGCAUAACCUGGCUGUCAGCAACCACGUCUUCCACUUACGGCCCUCCGUACACCAGACACUCAUGUGGAGAUCGGAUUUGGAGCUGCAGUUUAAGUGCUACCACCACGAAGACCGUCAGAUGAACACCAACUGGCCGGCAUCUGUCCAAGUCAGCGUAAACGCCACACCGCUCACCAUCGAGCGGGGCGACAAUAAGACCUCUCACAAACCCCUGCACUUGAAACAAGUAUGCCAGCCAGGCAGGAACACGAUCCAGAUCACAGUCACUGCCUGCUGCUGUUCGCACUUGUUUGUGCUGCAGCUUGUCCACAGGCCCUCAGUUCGCUCCGUCCUCCAGGGCUUACUGAAGAAGAGGCUUCUGCCUGCAGAGCACUGCAUCACCAAAGUUAAGAGGAACUUCAGCAGCGUUGCAGCAUCAUCGGGGAACGCAACGCUCAACGGCGAAGACGGCGUGGAGCAGACGGCCAUUAAGGUUUCCCUCAAAUGUCCAAUCACCUUCCGGCGAAUACAACUUCCAGCAAGAGGCCAUGACUGCAAACACGUACAGUGUUUUGAUUUGGAAUCAUAUUUACAACUCAACUGUGAGCGGGGGACAUGGCGAUGUCCUGUAUGCAAUAAAACAGCGUUGCUAGAGGGACUCGAAGUGGACCAGUACAUGUGGGGAAUCUUGAACGCCAUUCAAAACUCGGAGUUUGAGGAGGUGACCAUUGACCCGACAUGUAGUUGGCGGCCGGUGGCUAUUAAAUCUGAUAUCCACAUCAAGGAGGAUCCAGAUGGACCGCUGGCCAAGAGGUUUAAGACUAUGAGCCCCAGCCAGAUGAUCAUGCCCAAUGUGAUGGAGAUGAUAGCUCAGCUUGGCCCCGGACCUUCACCGUACCCGUUGUUAUCUUCUCAGCAAGGGGGCAACAACAGUGAAUACAGCAGCCAAGGCAACAGUUACCAGGGGCACGGGAACUUCGACUUUCCUCACGGCACGCCUGGUGGUACGUCGAUGAAUGAUUUCAUGCACGGUCCCCAGCUGUCUCACCCACCCGACAUGCCCAACAGCCUGAUGACCCAAGACAAGCCACUCUCACACAACAUGCCUGACUCAAUACCUCACUCUGCAGGCAAUGACCAGUCGCAUGGUCCUCUGCAGAGCUUACAUGCAUCUCCGCACCCUGGGAGCCAAUCGGGACAGCAGCUACACCACAGCGGGCCUCCUCAGCCGUCACGACAAGCUCCGCCUCCUCAGCAGCAACAACAGCCGCCCGGCCCCAACAGCCAUCCCCACGGCGACCUGGCCUUCAACCCCUCCAGCAGUUUGGACAGCCAAGCAGGGUCGGACAUGCCUGAGCCGUCUUUAGACCUUCUUCCAGAGCUCGCGAACCCAGAUGAGCUGUUGUCGUACCUGGAUCCACCAGACCUCCCCAGCAAUAGCAACGAUGACCUUCUAUCGCUCUUCGAAAACAACUGAGGCAAUUCAGACACACAUAAACUUUUCUGACUGCCUGCAGUUUCCCCCGAGAACCCAGGGCGGUCGCUCAGUACUUGAUAAACACAAAGAUGCACUCCCUUUCUCUUCUUCCUCUUGUACAGUUUUCAUUGGCCAGCACAGAUUGACUGAAAGAGGUAAAAACUCCAAGACAAGGCGGGAUGCGGGCCCCGCCCCUGGCGAUACUUUUGAACUGUGCAGCUAUACUCGGUUAUUUUUUUACGCCACACACAGGUGUGUAUGUGUGCACAUUAGGAACGUGUUGUAGCAUUUUUUUAUUCAUGUUUUGUUUCCUUUCGAGAAGAAAAAUGGAGUUCAAUGUAUAAAAGAAAAAUAUCUGUUAAAAACCUGCGCUAUCUGGCCAGUGUGCGCUACGUCCAUAUUGUUAUUCCAAACUGAGAGGCCACAGCUUCCUGGUGUCACAGCUCCAUUCCCUGACUGGUCUGGUUAGCCGCACUGUUUUGUCCGCCACACAUCAUUUAAAAGCACAAGAGAUUCUGGCAAUGCGAAAUGAAAAAUCUGUCUUUACGAAGGGAAAAAAAUAAUGAUCUGUUAGAUCAGCAUAUGUCUGUCCUUGACAAAAAUGUUUUUAAAUAAUUUUUUGCUCAACAUUUUAAAAAGAUUUUUGGGAAUGAUCGGCUUCCACUUUGUCUACAAUUGUGAUACAUACAUAUUUUUGUCAAAAAGAGGUAUACCUGCUUUUCAGUCCUGACAGUUGAGUGGUGAGACAGAGAAGAUUUUGGCCCCACUAAAACAAAAAACAAAAGUUUAUAUUGCACACCAAGAAUAGCAUACCUGUACUUCUACAUAUUGUAUAGUUUAUCGUCCUCCUGUGCAGAGGAGUGAUUUUAAUGGAACGGUACAAUAUGAGAGAUCUGGGUUCCAUAUAGAUCCUGCUGCGUUUAUUGCUUCCUGCUAUGACUCCUUCCAUGCCGUCUGCUCCGCAUGAGCCCCGGUGUCGCUCGUGUCAGCAAUUUUGCAAUGAUGCAUCUCUCUCCCUGUUAAAUGAUGUGCUGUUAAAGUAGUCUACAAAGUGCAUGUGUGCCAAGCCCUUGUCUAGUGCUGUUCCAAGUGGUAACAAAAAAAUAUUUGGUUUUUAUCAGUUGCUUUUUUCACGGCUCUUUUUUUUUGUUUGUACGUUUGUUUUUGAUUUCUGUCCGAUUUUAGUAUGAUUUAUUUAACACUAACAUUGAAGGGAUAAUGCUGAUAUCUGCAAUACAAUUAUCGUGUAUUUGCUGGAUAUACUGUAUUGUGUUUGUUUGUUUUCUUGUUUUUUGUUGCUGCAUAAUUUAAUUAUCCAUAAAUCUUUUGGGAAACUGCUCAACAUCACCAAAGUUAGAGGGAUGAGAAUGGAGAUGUGUUGUAUUUGCUUGGUCCUGUGUAAGAGUGCGUGCAUGAGUGAGUGUGUGUGAGAUUGUGUGCAUGUGUUUCUAUUAGUGUGAUGGGAAGAAAUAUUGAUUUCAAAGAUAUAGGGGAGGACAAAUACAGUUUAUCCAUCACUGCUGUUCAAGAAGUGGCUUUUAAAGCAGUAUUGGUGCAGACCUUUUGCCACAUUUGUUUUCAAUUUCACUUUUUGAGAAGAGUGCUGUUCAGUAUGCAAAUGUAUUAUUUUUAAAAAAAAUGCUAUUGUACUGUAAAUAUCAUUGUGAAUAUUUUUGUAUCAUCUUGAUAAUGUUUGUCCUUUGAUCAUUAGUCGUCCGACCUAACAACGUAUGCUCCCAGACUCCCAUCUAACCACUGACUUUGUUUGUAACCAGCAUACGACAGCUGUCUCGCCUCCUUGUUGUGGGGAGGCCAGUCCAAAUGUCUCAUAAGCUAUUUCCUGCAGGUCGCCGUGCUUUCUAGUCACUUUCCUCCCAGUGCACUCUGUCUCACACCUGUCAUUUAUAGACAGGUGUCACAUUUUUAUGUGCCCCCCCCCCCCCUUCCCUACAUCAGCUCACAGUGAUUGUGUUGCCUCGUUUUUUAGUUUUUAGAUGCCAAGCGCGAUUUGACGCAAUAUUUUCUGUUACGCUCCGAUUGCAUUUUAUUUAAAAUGUUGUCUAUUCAUCAAUUGAUGUUCACAUUUUAUCGGUGAUACUGAACAGUAAUGGUUUAAAAAAGAUGUGGCUUUCAGUGUAAUUAGUGACCUAUGUGAAUAUCAUAAUUGUUGCUAAUUGUCAAUACACAGUGGUAUCACAACCAUAUUUUAAAGAAAUCCAUGAUAUUGUUUAUAUUUUUGUUAUAGAAAAUGUGGCUUUUUUAAAAGCAUGAGACCAUAUACAUUUCUAUCCCCUUUUUGUUUUUUGGUAAAUUAUUUUGUACUGGUUUUCUUAUUAAUCUGUAAGGCUAGAAAUCCAAUUUCUUUCAACUGUAGCAUUGUGCUGAUUUAACCACCCUGGUUUUAUGUAAACAUUAUUUUAAGCAUAUUUUAAGCGAAAUAUUAUUUGCUCCAGUUCAGCACACUGACAUGUUGUUUCAUAUUUAUGUCACAAAGAGACAUCAAAUCGAAAAUCCCUCUUUUAACAAUACACUGCCACAUUUUCAUAUUUUACGGUCAGAAUUGAAACUUUCGAUCGAUCCCAUGGACGUCAUCAUCAUUUCACAUUUUGUUCUCACUUUCAAGUGAGCCAAUUUGGUGUAAGGCAGCACCUCAAAUAUGUAGUGGCACAAUCACAAUAUAGGGCCAUUUCUUUGGGGACAGUUGUUUUAAAAAAAGGAAAAUUAAAAAAAGGGGAAGGGCACGUUCAUCAUUGUGGCCUGGAAAGGAUGUUGAGGGCAAGGCUAGAUCAAACGUCCCAAGGAUGCCUGUACAUAUGUAAAUGAAUAUAGAGACAUGUGAACAGAAAUGUAUUCAUUUUCCCUGGGAAUGUGCAUUGUUUCUUCAGAAUAAUAAAAAGCUUGCAACCCCUCUACUGGAAGUGGCUGAAUAUGGAAAAUGAAACUUGUUAGUUAGUGUCUGUGGGUAUCUCUCAGCAUUUUGUUCUCCCUCUGUAAUAUGCUUUCACCUCUUUUGUUAGGGGAACUGGGACAGCUCUGUUUUACAUGUAAUAUUUAGCCUGAGUGUUCUAGUCUGUCACCUGCAUACCCUUGAGGUGCUAAACUAAAAAAGGAAGAGAAAAAAAAAGGUUACAAAGAAAAUAGUUCGGAGGGGUGGGAGGGACGGGUCCAGAAGAUUGUAACCAAAUCCAUAGUUUGUACAAUUUUUUAAUAUGAUGAGCAGUUGGAAAAAUCAUACAAUCUAAGGUGAUUCAUGCAAUGUGGCCAUUGUCUCUAUUGUGUACAUUGUAUGUACAAUCAUUUCAUAUUCUAAACUGGUCAGAAAAUAAAAGGAACUAAUUGUGAUUUUUAGUCUUGCAGAACUGUAUGUAGUUAGAUGAUGUGACAACCUAAUAUUUAUCUAAUAAAUAUGUAUUCAGAUGAUA